AUGACUGAAACAAAUUUAAUGACAUCUACAAGUUCAAUAACUGAAACAACAUCAAUGAUACCAUCUAUCACUUCAUCUCUAGGUUCAUCAUCAAUGACAACAUCUAGCACUUCAUUCUUGGGGUCAUCAUCAAUGACACCAUCGAUCACUUCAUCCUUAGAGUCAUCUUCAAUGACACCAUCUAUCUCCUCAUCUCUAGGGUCAUCAUCAAUGACACCAUCUAGUACGUCAACCUUAGGGUCAUCAUCAAUGACACCAUCUAUCACUUCAUUCUUGGGGUCGUCAUCAAUGACAACAAUCACUGAUACAACAUCAAUCACACCAUCUACAACUUCAAUGACUGAGACAACGUCUAUAACACCUUCUACAAAUUCAAUUAGUGCAACAUCGUCUAUAAUACCUUCAACAACUUCAAUUUCAACUUCAACUUCAAUUACUGAAACAUCUUCAAUGACACAAUCUACUUCGUCAAUUACUGAGACAACUUCAAUGACAGCAUCUACUACUUCAAUUACUGAGACAACAUCAAUAAUACCAUCUACAACCUCAAUGACUGAAACAAAUUUAAUGACAUCUACAAGUUCAAUAACUGAAUCAACUUCAAUGACACCAUCUGCAACUUCAAUGACUGAAACAUCUUCAAUGACACAAUCUAUCACUUCAUCCUUGGGGUCAUCAUCAAUGAUACCAUCUAUCACUUCAUACAUUGAAACAGCAUCAAUCACACCAUCUACUACUUCAAUUACUGAGACAACAUCAAUAAUACCAUCUACAACCUCAAUGACUGAAACAAAUUUAAUGACAUCUACAAGUUCAAUAACUGAAACAACAUCAAUGAUACCAUCUAUCACUUCAUCUCUAGGUUCAUCAUCAAUGACAACAUCUAGCACUUCAUUCUUGGGGUCAUCAUCAAUGACACCAUCGAUCACUUCAUCCUUAGAGUCAUCUUCAAUGACACCAUCUAUCUCCUCAUCUCUAGGGUCAUCAUCAAUGACACCAUCUAGUACGUCAACCUUAGGGUCAUCAUCAAUGACAUCAUCUAUCACUUCAUUCUUGGGGUCGUCAUCAAUGACAACAAUCACUGAUACAACAUCAAUCACACCAUCUACAACUUCAAUGACUGAGACAACGUCUAUAACACCUUCUACAAAUUCAAUUAGUGCAACAUCGUCUAUAAUACCUUCAACAACUUCAAUUUCAACUUCAACUUCAAUUACUGAAACAUCUUCAAUGACACAAUCUACUUCGUCAAUUACUGAGACAACUUCAAUGACAGCAUCUACUACUUCAAUUACUGAGACAACAUCAAUAAUACCAUCUACAACCUCAAUGACUGAAACAAAUUUAAUGACAUCUACAAGUUCAAUAACUGAAUCAACUUCAAUGACACCAUCUGCAACUUCAAUGACUGAAACAUCUUCAAUGACACAAUCUAUCACUUCAUCCUUGGGGUCAUCAUCAAUGAUACCAUCUAUCACUUCAUACAUUGAAACAGCAUCAAUCACACCAUCUACUACUUCAAUUACUGAGACAACAUCAAUAAUACCAUCUACAACCUCAAUGACUGAAACAAAUUUAAUGACAUCUACAAGUUCAAUAACUGAAACAACAUCAAUGAUACCAUCUAUCACUUCAUCUCUAGGUUCAUCAUCAAUGACACCAUCUAUCACUUCAUCCUUGGGGUCAUCAUCAAUGAUACCAUCUAUCACUUCAUACAUUGAAACAGCAUCAAUCACACCAUCUAUUACUUCAACCUUAGGGUCAUCAUCAAUGACACCAUCUAGUACUUCAACCUUAGGGUCAUCAUCAAUGACACCAUCUAUCACUUCAUUAUUGGGGUCGUCAUCAAUGACAACAUCUAGCACUUCAUUCUUGGGGUCAUCAUCAAUGACACCAUCGAUCACUUCAUCCUUAGAGUCAUCUUCAAUGACACCAUCUAUCUCCUCAUCUCUAGGGUCAUCAUCAAUGACACCAUCUAUCACUUCAUUCUUGGGGUCGUCAUCAAUGACAACAAUCACUGAUACAACAUCAAUCACACCAUCUACAACUUCAAUGACUGAGACAACGUCUAUAACACCUUCUACAAAUUCAAUUAGUGCAACAUCGUCUAUAAUACCUUCAACAACUUCAAUUUCAACUUCAACUUCAAUUACUGAAACAUCUUCAAUGACACAAUCUACUUCGUCAAUUACUGAGACAACUUCAAUGACAGCAUCUACUACUUCAAUUACUGAGACAACAUCAAUAAUACCAUCUACAACCUCAAUGACUGAA